AUGGGGAUGACACGGGUAGUGACCACAGAUGCUCUGACCACCUUUUAUGUGCCCUGGUUCUCAACUUCUUCCUGCCAUGGCCCAGAGUCUGCUUUGUACAUUGUGUACAUGCCCAUCCGUCACCCCUGUGUCUCUGGGGAAAGGGUAACCCAGGCACGAGAAGUUAGAACCAUGCGGGCCGCGGCCCCUGCUGUCCGGCUUUGCGACAUUUUGAAUGCUGUACGAUGUACGCCGAACGGCAGGCGCAAAUAUCGCAAAGAGACCAAAAUGAAGGUUAUGAGAUUCGGCUUCAUCCGCCGCUGUUCUUUCAUCGCUUACUGCCUGACCACCACCACUACCAGGACUGUCUCUCUUCCUUCUCCGGUUGCCUCGACCAACCAACCCGUGAGAUUAUGGAGCGGGCGAAUCAAUUCAGAACGCAUCAUCGCCCGUCUUAUCUUGCGCGGGCAGCGGUCACCUGCAUCCACCCACUUCAGGUUCCGCUCCCGCUCCCGCGUCGCCCUCGCAUAACAUAACAUAGCAUUGGUCGCGCAUGGCAUGACAUGGCAUGGCAUCCCAUCGCAUCGUCUCUUUUCUUGCUUUCUGAACCCGUCUUUUCGCCCUGGACAAGUGUCGUUGACCCCUAUGGUGAGGACUGAGGAGGCAGCAAGGGUGCCCAGCCAAGCCCACCGGAGUAUGUAGCACAGGAGGUGGGAGUUUUCUACCCCAGCCCUCUUCGGUCGGUUCGAAGCACAGCGUGCGCUAUUGACUACCCUACCGAUCAGAUCGUUCAAAG